AUGUCGCGCUACGACUUCACAUGUUUCGACGCCCUUUUUCGCGUGUGCGCAGACAACAUACAGCACGCCGCGCAAGUCCAGCCCCAGGUCUCGCCCGAGCUCGCCUCUCACAUCGAGACGAUUUUGCUUUACUCUGGCUACAAGGAACCACAGACCGCCCAGCCGGCAUCGCCGCAGACACGGCGUGAUCUGCCUCAGAUCCGCACAUCGGCAGGAGGUCUGCUCUCUCGCGCCAUUGCAGCGGCCAAGCCAGCCAACGCCGAGAGGGCCUUGCAGGACUUCCGAGACAAUAUUUACGCCCGCUCCGCUCGGGCUCCUCUUGAUGCUCGUUGGACGACAUGGGCCAAGAUCUGCGCCUCGUGGAGCAGAGCACCAACUCCCCUGACCCCGGAGCUGAUCGAACUGUUUGGUACCAGUUUCCGCUUCGGUGGAUAUCGGAGCUCCGCACAGUACUUCUCUCGAGCCCGAAAGGAGCACAUCAAGGUCACUGGCAUGCCCGUCCCGGCGACGGUCGAGAUGGCGAUACGAGACGCCAUCCGCUCCAUUGAGCGAGGGAUGGGGGCCACGGCCGUCAAGGAUGCCUUCCGCCUCGACGCGCUCGACAUUGAAGGGGUCCCCAAGCACACCGCCUUCGCCCACGGCAUGGUGGUCUUGGGGACAUGGUUCCUCUGCCGUGAGAUUGAGCUCGCCGGCCUGCGAGUCAAACACAUGGUCAUCGACGCGGAGACGAAACAAGUGACGCUCACGCUCGCCGCCAGCAAGACCGACACGGUGGGCCACCUAGUGCAGCGCAAGCACUCUUGCUACUGCGGCAUCGUCCCGGAGACUUUGUGCCCUUACCACGCAGCGCUUCGCAUAGCGGACGAGAUCCAUGGCGGCCCUGACGACUUCCUCUUCUCCGAUAUCCCAGACGAGCCGCUCAGCAAAGCCCGGACCAUCGAGAUGAUCCACGAGGUCAAUCGCUUCGGGGGACACUGCUUACGCUUGUCAGGGGCACAACACCUGUGCCGCAUGCGCAUCCCAGUGUCGACGAUCAUGCUGCUGGGCAGAUGGGGGAGCCGCGCCAUCGAACGCUAUGUACAGGACACCGAGUUGGAGGACAUCGUGAUGAUUGGCACCAAGAGACCUUCUGUCGCAGAAGCCCGGAGCUCCGAGACACAGAGCGACUCCCCCGACCGCGCAAAGUGGACCCUGGUGCCGGAGGAGCAGAGCGCCGCCUCGGACAGCGCCGCGCCGACAGCCAAGAAGCCCAGAGUGAACGCAGCGCAGAACGACGUUGCAGUCUCUAAGCUCAUGGGGCAGCUGGAUGCCAUAGCAGACCGUCUGGAGCAUGAUCAGGAGCGGCCCGACCUCAUCGUCAAGAAGAAAGCCCGCGCUCGCGACGCAGAGGAAGCCACAAGGCCCCCGAUUCGUUGGAGGGCCCGCUGUGGGUGGGCCUAUGGCUACUUACGCUUUACCCGGGCAGUUGAUGACGGGUCGCACGUGUUGUGCAAGAAAUGUUUCCCGGAAUCGGCCCAAGGAUCAGCCGCCCCGCCGCAGACGGCUGCCAAGACAGGAUCGGAGACCGAGUCAACGGACAGCGCCAGCUGUUCCUCUUCAAGCUAA